UGAAUUCAAUUCAAUGGAGGAAUUGAAGCGGAAAUAAUCAUUAGUCUAUUAGUUUUCUUUAGCUGCCCGAAAGAAGGACGGUGUAAAGCUCUCUUGUAGGGCCUUUGUGGCAGAUUUGCUCCAAGUCUGGGACUGUUCUUUCACCAGACCCAAAUCAUCAAUUGAGUAAACAAUGCUGGAUUCGUAGGGAGAUACAGAGGGCUUCCAUGGCAACUGAAGGACGCCCUGAGAACGGAUGGUAGCUAUUAGAGUUCGCUCCUGUUCAUUGAUUUCGAUCGGACCCAGCAGGUCCACGGUGGAUUGGUUAGGAUCAAAGAGUAUUCGUAGCGCAUUGCGAUACUGUGAAAGACUGGCCACGCGGUUGGUGGGAUCCACAAAGACACAGUCGUCUCGGAAUAUCGUCUCGUCAAUGUCGGCACUAAUAAAAUAUCCACCUUGACCAGUAUGGCCUUGACUGAGAUCUUCUUCCAGUCGUUUCGCGAGUUCCGUAAGAGACAGAUUCAGUGUCUUUCCAUCUCCGUCGAUUGUCUUUUCCUUUCCCAGGGGUGCCAAUUUAGUGAAGUCGCGCAAUGCCAAUGGCAAUUCGUUGGUAGUGGUAGACGGCUCAUAAUAUGUGGCAACACAAGCCGAUGGAGUCGCGACAGUUGCUCCUGCAAUGAAGGAUGCACAAGUUCGUGCGAGCAAUUUUCUUCGACAAAGCUCGGAAUGAGCAGACCAUCCUUCAACCUCUCCAAAUGGCAGCAGAACCACCAGACAUGUUAGCAGUAAUAACAUCUGCCUUAUCUUGCUUGGAACGACCAUCGUCGCGAAGGAGAAGGUUUGCUACCGUAGGCUAUUAGCUAGCAAGAGGGGUGGCAUUGGGAUCGGGGAAGGAAUUUGGCAUUCGAUUGCUUUGCGAGUGGUCGAGGGACGGUGAGACAGCGCACAGCGCACCCCAACGGUUCAACUCCCACGACAAUAACUCCCGCGAUGCAACACAGCAGCCAGCAUGCCGACGUGAAAUCGUCCAUCCGGGGAAGACACCAAAGUCCAGGAACAUAAUGCUGCGCGUUUGUUCAUGUACCUACCCAGAAGUAGCUCAUUGCUAAAGGUCAGCGAAAGAAGAAAAAACAAUGCAAUCAGAGUCUUCGGAGUCAGUGUCUGAUUCGGUGGCGGCAGUGUCCGAUUCGGUGGCGGCCUUGGCUCCCAUGGUGUCAGCAGUCUUACGCGAUUGCAAGGUGAUGGAAUUGAUGGACGAGGUGAAACAAAAGGACAUGGUGAUCAAUCAAAUCAUGCAUGUUGAAAUCACCGGACCCAAUGGCACACCCGUAUACGCGGAAGGUCAAUUCAAUAGGGGGAAAUAUGGAGGUCGAGUUGAUCAGUGGUUCCCUUCAUUGCAGCACAAGAAGGACUGCCCAUUAUCACAAAUCCGAGGGCUUGAGGUCCGGUUAGGUGGGAUGGUGCAAUUUUCACUGGACCCCUUUCGAGAUCAAGAGGUGUUCAUCAAGAUAGACAACGAAACUGCACAGCACCAAUAUUAUGGAGGAAAAGAUAUGCUGAUUGAACCAGAUGAUGGAACGGAACUGUAUUGUGUCUUAUAUGGCUGGCAGGAAGAACACUGGCGACCCUUGCUGCAACCAGGCGCCUGGGAUGAAAGGGCCGAGGCUGCUUUGGAGAAUAUCGAAAGAAUGCCCAAGAGCAAAUGCUUUGCUCGCUUUGAAUGUCUUUCAUUCAAUGUGGAAAAAUACAGGUCAUUGAUCCGGAAUGUGAAAUUGGCAAACAAGGAUGUGCGCAACCGUGAACAUCAGCUGCAGCGUCAUGCAUUUGCUGUGGUUGUUCACGAGCGACUGGCGGCCGCCGGUCUAGCAGAUCAAUAUUCAGCCAUUUCCUUCCUCAUGUCCUUUCAUUUGAACAUCACGGCUGUCAAUAAAGAAUUUGAACAGGUCCUUACUCCAAUAAUCAGAAUCUACCAAAUACGACAGCAGAAUCCUGCUGGUGAUGACUUUGCAAGUGAGCUUCACCGCGAGCUAACCUCUUUCGUCGAGAAUGGGCAGAUCUCUGAAGCGAAAGAUAGAAAGCAAUCCAUUGCCAAGUUUGUUGUUCACGUGAAGAGAUUGAUCGAGGCAGAAAGAAAUGACCCAGAUGCCAGCUAUAGCUGACGUUCCUCCAUAUCAUCCAUAGGCAACAGCUGCUUUUGGAAGGCACUGUGCCGAAGUACAGACAGAUGGUGUCUAUGAUGUGGUCGCACUGUAGUGGCAGAAUGUUCAGCAGCGUAGACUAGCUAGAGCUCCUAAUUAGCACACGCUACAGAUGUUU